UUUUGACAAGAGAGAGCAGAAUUACAGAUGCUCUUGUUGAGAUAGUAGGUGGAACUGUUACGCAUGAAGAGGAAGAAUUGCUUGACUACUUGGAUAAUUCCCUAUUUCGACUAAUGGAUGGGGGACAUGGUAACACCAAUGCAAAUGCUUCAGGAGGAGUUCCAGCGGAUGCAAGAGAUAGAGUUUUAUUAUCAAUUAUUAGUGUGGAUCAUGCCAGUAUAAACUCAAAUCUAUUACUUAAUGAUUUUGGGAAAAAUUCCACUUUUGGUCCCAUGACUUUGAUACCACUUCCACAUUACUCCCUUGACUUUCAAUUUAACCAAAUCUAGUCCGUGACCUUUUCCCCUUCACCACCCGUCGUCCUUCCGACCACAACUCCGGCAAAUUUUAACCGGAAACCAAUUAAUGAAGGUUAGUUGCGUCAUUUAAUAGCAUUUAUAGGUUUUCUUAUCGAAAAAAUUCCACUUUUGGUCCCAUGACUAUUAUGCCACUUCCACAUUACUCCCUUGACUUUCAAUUUAACCAAAUCUAGUCCGUGAACUUUUUCUCUUCACCACCCGUCGUCUUUCCGACCACAACUCCGGCAAAUUUUAACCAGAAACUCAUUUAUGUAGAAAUAUUGGGACAUUUUAGUAAUUGUAUGUUGUUAAAACGGCUACCUACAAAAUUAACUUCAAUUAAUAUUGAGUUAAUACGCCGGCUUCCUUCAUUCUCAAAACCGGCUUCCUUAAUACGUCGGCGCCAACAAAUCCACCACCGACGCUGAUUAGUGUCAACACAGGCUCGCAGAAUCACCACCCUUUUCUACCUCUUUCGUUUAGCCACCACCAGUUAAGGUAAUAAGUUUCCUUCUGUUCAAUUUUUUUGUUUUUAUUCUAAUACUAUCGUAUUGUGUUUAAUUUUUGUCAGUGAUCCGAUGUUUAUUUGAGAUAUUUCAAUAUUUUGUAUACAUGGCAUUCAGAUUGAAUGUUUGCUCCAAUUAGAUAUCGUAUGCCAUUUUCAUGCCCAUAAGGUGUUUAUUAAAAUGCUACAAUGAAGUAUUAAUUGGUUAUUAAAAAUUGUUAAAAGACUUACAUAAUCUUUGCUCCUCUUGUUUUUAAAUAUGUUCUCUCUUUUAUCUUCUUAUUAAAUUGCUCUCUAUCCCUGGCACGUUAAAGCUCGUGAACUUGAGUGAGGGUUGGGGCUUCUGGAAAGUUGUUGCCUAUUAUCUAUCUUUAACCGCUCAUGAAGGGUUUGCUGCCUUGCUGGCAUUGCUGCUAUUGCGUUCCUGCAAUGAUACUCAGAGUGAUGGUAGAAGGGUUUUGUCAGUGUACAUUAAAACGAUUCAGAAAAUGCUCAUAAACUCAAUUUUUUCCAUAGCAUCUAAUGUCUCAGCUUGGUGUACUUAUUUUGUUGCACCACUCAUAGAAGAGCUUGUUUUAGAGCUUGCAUGAUCCCUUUGCUUUCUUGUGGAGGAUUCAAUAUGUAUACUGUCAUGUUUCUUUGUCCCAUAUUUUUUAGUUUAGCUCAUUUGAACCAUUUAUAGGAAUCACCCAGCAAAGAGGCAGCUUGCUCAAAGCUUUUAGGGUUGCAGGUUUCCAGCUUGGCUACACUGUCAUAUUUGGGUCAUAUGCUUCCUUUCUAUAUGUUUGUAUAGGGCAUCUGAUCGCACCUCUUGUUGCUCACAUCUUUUGUAAGUAUAUGGCCUUGCCCGUCAUAAAUUCUCCUCAAUCAGGGACAAUAGCAUUGGCAUUUCUAGCCGGGCUGCUGGGAUUCUACCGGCUUCUUUUCCCAUUAACCAGUCCACAACUUCAUAACAAUAGAGCAAGUAGUUGCAACUGCUGGCAUCGAUAUUGUACUUGAGACUAAAGAAGAUUGGACGGCUUGAAAGAGAUUGAUCGGCUCCAUUAUGAAAUUCAAGAUAGAUGGUGGGAGCCUUUGCGGCACUGGGGUGAUGAUGAUGAUAACAUCCUAUCUCAGUUACUAAGCCUCUGUGAUCAAAGAAAGAGAAGAGAUGUGAAAGCAAGUGUGCAUUUAACAGGAAAAAUGUACUGGCUGACAGUAAAAUGGAGGUCAUUUAGCUCUCCUCUCCUUAUUAUUCUAUGUGUUAAUUAGAAUCUUUUCUCUUUGUUGGUUAUUAGUAUCUUAUGUUGUAUUGCUAUGUAAUGAAUGAGAAUAUUAGUUGACGUCACUUGACGAUUUACACUCUUUGGUUAUCUGGAUUUACUAUUUUUUGGAUCAUUAUUCUUUGUUCCUAUCAUUACGUGGCAUCAAUUUUUGGAAGCUGCAGGGUGCCAAGUAAGCUGCUUUAGAAUUCAGAAACAAACAUGAUGUCGAAAAAAUAUUGGAGCAUGAAAUUUACCAGCCAAGAAGAAAAGCAGAAAAAAGAAUUGAGCAUGAUCAGAUAUGCCAGCCAAGAAACGUGGAGUUGAGAAAUGGAGCAUGAAAUUUACCAGCAAAACAUGCUAUUUAUAGAGUAUAGAGUUGAAAAUGUCUUCCAUCUGUUUAGUAUAUCGAAUUAGAAGAGUUUUAUAGUUAAUAUACUUUGAUGUUUUGGGUUUUUGUAUUGAGCAACUUUAGUUUACUAAAUUACGAAAGAUUUUUUAGAUUAUGGUUGUUAUCAGAUAUUAUGACUAGUAUUAUUUAUAGAAAAUCGUAUAAUAGAUGUGUGAUAUAAU